AUCACCAUGGGCCGUCCCUCGACGGAGUACGACGUCGAGACCCCGACGAGUACACCAACGACAUCAACGACCAAGCUGCCUCUGCCAGCUGUACCAACACUCCACUCACAACCGAAACCGGCGACACCAUCCAUAAAACUCCUCUUCUCAUUUCUUACACGACAUGACUUGUACUUUCUUGUUUACCCUGCCAUUCUCGCGUCUAUGGCUUCCGGAGCCAUCGCCCCCUUCAUGACCCUGGUCAUCGGCAAUGUCUUCGACGCCUUCGCGAACUUCCCGCUAUCCAACGCCACGCAAAGCGACAAGAACACGCUAAGACACGACGUUGGUGUUACUGCCCUCGAGCUCCUCGGUCUUUCGGUCGGGGCGUUGGUGCUGAGCAGCCUUACCUCCAGCUUAUGGAUAUGGACCGGCGAGCGGAACCUGAUUGCAGUCAGGAAGCGCGUAUACAACGAUGUGACGCGGAAAGACCUUGUCUGGUUUGAUACACGGACUGGUAAAGAUGCAGACGACAAUCUCGGUGCGGGUGGCCUCAUGGCCAAGUUCACAAGAGAAACGGACGAAGUCCGGGCAGCGACGUCUCUAGCAUGUGGGAUGCUAAUACAGUAUCUCAUAACAACCCUCGUUUGCCUCGCCUUGGGCUUCUCGCGCUCAUGGGCCCUCACACUCGUCAUCCUAUCUGCCGUUCCCGUGCUCAUGGUCAUCCAAACAGUAUCACAGAACCUCGUGUCGCCACGUCUCAGCGGCGAGCGGGCUCAUACUGCGACCGCAGCGACCCUUGUCGAUCGCGCAGUCGCCGCUAUCGCCACCGUUAAGGCGUUCAACGCGCAGUCGCACGAGGAGCGGAACCUGUCCGUUGUCCUUGACAAGCUCCAGGCUUGCGCCAACGGAUGCCUCACCGUCUGGGGCUUCACUGCUACGCUCUCGCACUUCGCGAUGAUGGCCAUGUUCGUGCAGGGCUUCUGGUUCGGUGCCAAGCUCGUCCGCUCUGGUACGAUCAGCGCUGGAGACGUCAUGGCUGUGUUCUGGGCCUGCCUCAUCGCGACCAGCAACCUGCAGAUGUGUGUCCCGCAGCUCAUCAUCAUCGCAAAGGGCAAGUUCUCCAUGGCUUCCCUCAUUAAUCUGGCCCAGUCGAGCGUGGAGCCCACUGUUGGGCACUCGGCAUCAACGUUGUACACCCCUCUCAAGCCCGCGCGGCAUACGAGCACUCUGCGCAAGAUCAUUCCCGGUACAUACAAGGGUGGUCUCGAGCUCUGCGAUGUCACCUUCGCGUACCCGUCACGGCCGGACGUUCCCGUCUUACGCGACGUCAACAUCUUCAUUCCCGCGCAAGAGAUGACGUUCAUCGUUGGCGCGUCGGGCUCAGGCAAGAGCACUGUCGGGCAGCUCCUCCUCCGGAUGUACCACCUGCACUCCGAGCAAGGCAUGAUCAAGUUCGAUGACCACGACCUCGCAUACCUUGAUAUGAGCUGGUCCCGCGAGCAGAUCGCUGGCGUGUCGCAAACAUGUAUCCUCUUCGACAUGACGGUGCACGAGAAUGUCGCGAUGGGCUUGGCGAGCCCCGCAAGCAAGCGUCGCCCGGAGGAUGUCUCGCGCGAGGAAGUCGAGGCUGUGUGCCGAGCGGCGCUCAUGCACCAGUUUAUCAGCGAUCUUCCGAACGGCUACGACACCAAGCUCGGCAACGGUGGUGCCAACCUCUCUGGUGGCCAGAAGCAGCGACUUGCUAUCGCUCGGGCUCUACUUCGGGACCCUACCAUUCUCAUUCUCGACGAGGCGACCUCUGCGCUCGACCCGACUUCCCGCGUCCUGGUCUUCGAAGCUAUUAAGAAGUGGCGCGAGAACAAGACGACCAUCGUCAUCACACAUGACCUCUCCCAAAUCACCGCAGAGGAUUUCGUGUACGUGCUCAAGAACGGUGAAAUUGCCGAGCAGGGUUUCCGCUACGAUCUAGAAACCGCUCGCGACGAGUUCUCUCGCAUGCUCGCGGUUGGCUUUCAGGAGCGGACGGACGAGGACUUGGCCAAGGAGGAGGUUCGGCUCUCGGCCAUUCUCGAGCAGACAGAUGCUGAGCAGGAGGAGGAUCUUGAGGCUGCGGGUGUCACCGCCAAGGACUUGAAGCGCCAGAGCAUCUACCGGCCGCUGACGAUGAAUCACUGGAUGUUCGACGUCGUCGCUGAUCUCACGAAGCCGUCGGUAACCUCUCCAAACACAGCCGUUACCCCUACUCCAAACCGAACUACCCACCGCAUCAGCCGCUUUGUACCUCCCGAAGCUUUCAGCGAGGAGCCUGCGACCCCAGUCUCUCCCUUUUCUCUUCAUCGCCGGCAGUCUUUGCACAUCGACAUACCCUCCCUCGCCUCUCCACCGGCCGCACGCACCAUCAGCCGACGAUACAGCUUGCAGUUUACGCCAACAUCACCGACCUCUACCUCGUCGUUCUUCUCAUCUACCCUUGUUGAGGACGAGGACGAGGACGAGAAGAAACUGUUAGAGCACCGCAUUUUACACCCGUCUCGCAGCAUGUCCACCCUGAACGCCAAGGCACAGGUGCCAAAGCGCGAACGCAUCAAGUGGGAUCAGGGCAAGCUUAUCGAACUCACUGAUGUCAAGGUCGAGAAGGCUGGGGAGCUCGCCGAGGAGCCCGCCUCGUCCCAGCCCUCUUUCUGGCGCCUGAUGCUCGACGUCUGGCCGACGAUGCCCCUCAAGCCGCUCUUCGUCUUCGGCAUACUGGUCUGCCUCGUGAGUGGCGCAAUGACGCCUGCAUUCUCUUUCGUACUCUCGCGGCUGCAGUUCGAGGUGUCGACUGGCGCGACGGACGUCUCCGCCGUGAAUUUCUUCGGUGGCCUCUCGCUCGCGAUCGCUUUUGGCGACGGCCUACUCAUCGGGCUCAAGUAUUUCGUUAUGGAGUACACGGCAAUGGACUGGGUCAACAAAAUGCGCAAGACGUGCAUCAACCUCGUGCUCGCCCAGGACAAGAAGUGGUUCGACAAGAGCGAGAACAGCCCCGCGCGCCUCGUGCAGAUCCUCAUCAAGGACGGCGACGAUUCGAGGUCUCUCAUCGCGACGGUGUUUGCUCAGACGCUCGUUGUCACUGCCAUGCUCGGGGUCGGCCUCAUCUGGGCACUCGUGGAAGGGUGGCAGCUAACGCUCGUGGGCUUCGCGCUUGCGCCCGUCUUCGGUCUCACGAUGGCUGUUCAGACCAACCUUGUCGCGAAGUGUGAGUCUCGCAACAAGCGUGCUCGGGAGGAGGUAGCCAAAGGCUACUACGACGCGAUCUCUAACGUUCGCGGUAUUCGCGCCAUGGGCUUCGAGAGCGUCUUCCAAGAGAAGUUCGAGAAGUCUGCGGAUCAUGCCCUCGCAUCCGGUGUGCGAGGAGCCUUCGUCGAGGGCUGCACACAUGGUGUUGCAAGCUCUCUCAUAUACCUCUCUGAGGCUGUUCUGUUCUACGUUGGCGCAGUCUUGGUCGCCAACGGUACAUAUGAGUAUCUGCGCAUGGUUCAAGUCCUCAAUCUUGUCGUCUUCACUGUGACCAUUGGUUCCCAACUCAUGUCUUUCACACAACGCACCGCGAAGUCUGUGCAGGCUACACAGGACUUCAACCAACUCCUAAAACUCAACAAGCACACGGACGAGUCGCAAGGCGCUCUACGUCCCCCGGUCGCUGGCGACGUACUCUUCUCCAAUGUUUCCUUUGCAUACCCCGAACGCUCGGACGUUCCCGUCUUAAAAGAUAUCUCGUUGUCCCUCGCUGGUGGCGAGUGUGUUGCCAUUGUCGGCUCGUCCGGCUCUGGCAAGUCGACCAUCGCCGCCCUUCUCCAACGUCUCUACGAGCCUAGUUCCGGCUCCGUUACCAUUGGCCACCAUCCCAUCCACAACACCGACGUCCACUAUCUCCGAGACCACGUCGCGGUCGUGAGUCAGCAACCAAAUCUGUUCGACGCGACAAUCGCCGAGAACAUCGCGUACGGCACCCAAGGUCUCUCGAGGGAGCAGAUCGAAGCGGCAGCCCGCGCCGCCAACGUCCAUGACUUCAUCCUCUCGCUGCCAAAAGGCUACGAAACACUGGUCGGCGAGAACGCGGCGCUCAUCUCCGGUGGCCAGGCCCAGCGUCUUCAGAUCGCUCGCGCACUUGUCCGCCCGAGCAAGAUCCUCGUUCUCGACGAGUGCACGUCUGCACUGGACCCGGCGAACCAGGUGGCCGUGAUGGAGACUAUCCGGCGCGCUAAGGUUGGCCGCACGACCCUCAUGGUCACUCAUAAGCUGCAGGUCAUGCAAAUGUGUGAUCGCAUCCUCGUCAUCCACGAAGGUGCUCUCGCGGAGCAGGGCACCUAUCACGAACUCAUGGAGAAGCGUGGCAUCUUUGCUCAACUCGCACACGGUGGCGAGUGGAUGGAUUAACUACCCUGUAUUUGUUUCUAGCCGCACAACUAUCUACACGCUCAUUUCUAGUUAUUUGUAUUAUUUCGCAUACACACCGGAAGUACCAGUAUAGCCACUAACACCUUUCGUCUUCGUUGUCAUACAUUCGCAUCGAGUUGACAAUUUGUACCUGUAGCUCACCGACAUUGUAUUGUUU